CCUUCCUCUCCUCGUAAGCCCAAAGGGGCCUUUCUCUCUCUCUGAACGGGAAAGCAGUUUCCCCUCUCUCUGAAUUUCCCUGGAAACAAACCCCCCCUUCUCGCCUGUAAAUCCCAUCCCUUGGUUCUUCUUGAUCCAUAUGGGGAGUUGUAGUAGAAAAGAAAUGGAUCGGAUUAAAGGGCCGUGGAGCCCUGAGGAAGACGAGCAGCUCCGAAAGCUCGUGCAAAAGCACGGCCCGAGAAACUGGUCUCUGAUAAGCAAGUCGAUCCCGGGUCGAUCGGGCAAGUCGUGCAGGCUUCGAUGGUGCAAUCAGCUCAGCCCUCAGGUUGAGCACCGCGCCUUCACGGCUGAAGAGGACGAGACCAUCGUUAGGGCCCACGCCCAGUUUGGGAACAAGUGGGCCACUAUCGCUCGCCUCCUCUCAGGUCGCACUGAUAACGCCAUUAAAAACCACUGGAACUCUACUCUAAAACGAAAGUGCUCUUCGUCUUCUUCUUCACAAGAACCCAAUGAACAAGAACCCCACCACCCCGCAAAGAGGCUAAGCAGCAGCCUCUCCCUUAGCCCUGGUAGCCCCACUGGAUCUGAGAUUAGUGAUUCGGGCCUUGCCUUGACAUCCUCGGCCCAUGUUUACCGGCCGGUGGCAAGAGCAGGUGGGAUCGUACCGCCUGUUCAGAUCGAGACUUGCAGCUCCCCCACCAACGACCCACCCACUUCUCUCAGUCUCUCUCUUCCUGGUGCCCAGCCAUUGGAUUCAUCUGAUGGAUCAGAAGAGGGUGUUGGUGGGUCCCAUUUGAGAUGCCAGUUUGUAUCUCCCCCUCCCCCUCCCCCCCCUCCCCCUUCCUUUAAUGGGGUUAUGGGGUUUCAGGCUGUUAACAAUACUGAGAAGACGCUGGGUUUUAGCCCUGAGUUCAUCUCUUUGAUGCAAGAGAUGAUUGCAAAAGAAGUAAAGAAUUACAUGGCCGCGCUUCAUCAAAAUGGGUUUUGUUUUCAAGGGGAGAUGGGGGUUUUGGACUCGGGAGCUGUGAGGAAUGCCGCAGUGAAAAGGGUCGGCGUUGGUAAGCUUGAAGGUUAGGUCUUUGUACAAAGGAACGAGUGAAUUCACAGUGGUUAAGCUUUAGAGUGAGAGAGAGAGAUGGUGGACGGUGAAGAAGUAAACCCAUGGAUAUCAGUAAUGGGGCGACGGGAUUGAGUUUGAAGACGACGAUGAUCUCUAUCGCGUCGGCCAUGGCCGCGGCCCUGAUGAAGAAGAAAGCAACGGCCAAGGCUUUUUGUUUUCAUCUUCUCCUUUUUCUCAAAUCUGAAUUUUCUUCUGUUCAGUUUAAUCCGCUCCUUUUUGCACGCCAGAUUGAUUAUCUGGCCCUCGCCAAAUAUGUGAAUAAGGAUUUAGUUAGAAUUAGGGUUCUUAAAUGAAAGAGAACAAGGAUCUAAACCAGCUCUCCCUCUUGCUUAUUGAUGCUCAUCGUAAAAUAUUACCCAUGCUUUGAACC